UACUCGUAGGUACUGCGUUGAAAUGAUUUUCGUCAUUUUGAUUUUAAAAAUACAACGAUGUAGGUAGUAACAUCAAUAAGAAUUCUCAAGUGUUCAAUCAAACAAUUUAAUCCAAAAUGUGUAUGUGUGAAAAAAUACCUACAAGAUUUUGGCGUUUAUCAGUAUUGAUGAGAAUUUUUGCGAUAUUUUGUCUACUCGUAUUUUGUGUCGUAAACGCGGAGUCUGUAAAGAAUCCUCCUCGAUUUUACCUACCUGGCGAAGAAAACGAAAAUGUCGAUGGACAAAACAACGAAUAUUCACCAAUGAAACAGGACUGUUCAGUCCACAAUGGCCAAUUCUUGUGCAAAGAUACGGAGAAAUGCAUCGACUUAUCAGAAGCGUGCGACGAUGAAUGCGAUUGCUUCGACUGUUCAGAUGAAAGUGCCCUGUGUUGGGAAUAUAAUGAAAUUCUAUGUCAGUCGUGUGAUCAUUUGUGCUUUCCUUCCCCGCAUGGCUCGGUGUGUUUGAGUAGCAACAAUACUCGCAAAUCCAGUCCAUUACUCGUAGAUCUCCGAGAAUGUGGUCCGGAUGCAGUUUGUGAUCAAAAAUGUGUCAUGUAUGAAGGAAUAGAACGAUGCUCAUGCAGAGAAAAUUAUCGAGCGAAGCCGGAAACCAAGGGGCGAGAAUGCAUGAGCGAUGUAUCUUACGAAAAUCUUCUCCUGUAUUCGACGGAUAGUGAAAUUAAACUGUACAAUUUCACUACCAAUGAGGCUCCGGUGAUCCGGGAAGAUGUCAAUUGCCAAGGAUUAGCCGCAUCUGGUGAUUAUUAUUAUUAUGGUACCGCUAAAAACCGAACCGCUCAUUUACAUAAAACAAGGUGGAUGACUGGUGAGACGGAUUUGAUCAUUGAAACAUGUACAGAUUCAUCUAUGGUAUAUUCCAUCGAUGUUGAUUGGAUCACUGGUAACAUAUAUUUCUCAACUGAUCAGUGCCUUGGAGUUUGCUCCGAAGAAGAAUUUUGUACCAUAAUUACACCUUUAUCUUGGUUUGAUACGCGCCAUCUUGGUUUAGCUCCACGUUCAGGGCUGUUAUUUUAUUCAGCGGGAACAAUAUAUGACUCAGAUAACCUAUGCCAAAUUAUUAGAACGUGGAUGGAUGGACGUGAUACGACAAUUAUCUAUGACGGAAAUCUACAUCAUCCAAUGGCAUUGACUGUAGAUGAAUUAUCGGAGACAGUUCUUUGGAUGGAUGCUAAUCUCGGGGAAAUUCAUUCGAUACAGUUUGAUGGGCAAAACUGGAUGAAGAAUUCAUAACAGAUACAAAUGCAACAUCUAUAAAAUAUAUAUAUAUAUACUGUCUUAGAGUA